UGUAUUAACCUAUUAAUUCCCUUUUCGGCAUGUUUUAAGUAAAUACGGAACUGCAACGCACGCUGACCAAGCCCGCGGCACUGUUGCUCGAGCGCCGCCCUGAGUGCUGAUGGGGACACCGCCGACCCGGCUGUGGGGAGGGGGGGGGAACAGGCAGAUGUGACCAACAACGGCAAAGGCACAGACUGCAACGGGGCGAGGCAGAAGGGGCGCAGCAGGAAGCGGCAGGCGGGCGGAGCGCUGUCGGGCGGGGCGCUGUCGCAGGAGGACACGUGCGGGCCACGCAGCUGGGGCUGGAGAGGUCGGAGCGCGGACCCGAGGGCGGGCGGGCGCUCUGAGGGCUGCGGGCUGCGGGCCGAGGCGCGGCCGAGCGGACCGAGCACCGGAAACGGCGCCGCCCGCUUGGGGCGCUGCGCGCACGCGGCUGCAGCCGCCUCGCAGGAAGCAAACAAAAAAGCAAAAAGAAAGAAUAAAGGGCGAGAGAGAAAGGAGGGCCGCGCCGCCUCGUGCUCGCCCCGGCCCCGACCUCGGGCCCGGCCGCUGCCCGCCGUCCGCCGCCCGCCCGGAGCCCAGGCCUGGACCCGCGCCCCGCUGUCGGCGCCCUCAGGAACCAUGGCCCAAGUCGUGAUGCCCACGCUGCCUGGGGAAGACGCAGAGCCCUCGGAGAGCAGGAUGGUGGUGACCUUCCUCGUGUCUGCCCUCGAGUCCAUGUGUAAAGAGCUGGCCAAGUCCAAGGCCGAGGUGGCCUGCAUCGCCGUGUACGAGGCAGACGUGUUCGUGGUGGGCACUGAACGAGGUCGCGCCUUUGUCCACGCCCGAGCAGAUCUCCAGAAGGACUUCGCCAAAUACUGCGCUGCAGAAGGCCUGGCUGAGGAGAAGCCUCCACGGCCGGCCAGCGGGGUGCAGGUCAGCUCGGGGGAAGUGGAGACGCUCAGGAAGGCAGUGGAAGACCACUUCGGCCUGUGCUACGGUAGAGCACUGGGGACAAUGACCACAGUGCCUGUCCCCUACGAGCAGAUGCUUCGGGACCCAGCGGCCGUGAUGGUGCAGGGACUUCCGGAGGGAGCCGCCUUGCAGCACCCUGAGAAUUACGAUCUCCCUACCCUCAAGUGGGUCCUGGAGCACAAAGCAGGGAUUUCCUUCGUCAUAAACAGGCCUUUCCUGGGCAUGGAGAGCCAGCUGGGUGACCAUGGGACAGUGACAGACGCUAAGAGGUCAAUGCUAUCACCAAAGGCAAGCUAUGUCCCCAUCAGUGUGAAAACUGAACCUCUGGAGGACACGGGUAGGUGCCCUGCGCUCUCAGAACCAAGUAUUCGGCAAGGCAUCUCACUGAAGGCAGAAGCUGUGACCAUCAAGAAAGAAGCAGAAGACCCUAAUUACUAUCACUGUAGCAUGGCAGGCAGCCACCUUUCCUCCACAAGCAGUGAAGUCAUAGAAACGGAAUCCCCAAUGGAAGAGUCCACCCAGCCCUUCUCCUCAGAAGCCAGUGAGGACCCUGAAGGCAACGUGAAAAUUAAAGGAAACCCAGACUCACGCGGCAUCACGGCUUCCGCAUCAGGUGUUGAAGAGCUGAACAUUGUGCAGGUGGCGGUUCCAGAUAAUGAGAAGGAAAGAUUAUCAAGCAUUGAAAAGAUUAAACAGCUACGAGAACAAGUUAAUGACCUUUUUAGUCGAAAAUUUGGUGAAGCGAUCGGCGUGGACUUCCCUGUGAAAGUGCCCUACAGGAAGAUCACCUUCAACCCGGGCUGUGUGGUCAUCGAUGGGAUGCCCCCUGGUGUGGUGUUCAAGGCGCCCGGGUACCUGGAGAUCAGCUCCAUGCGCAGGAUCCUGGAUGCUGCAGAGUUUAUCAAGUUCACUGUCAUCAGGCCACUCCCCGGGCUCGAGCUCAGUAACGUGGGCAAACGCAAGAUCGACCAGGAGGGUCGUGUGUUUCAAGAGAAGUGGGAGCGUGCAUACUUCUUCGUGGAGGUGCAGAACAUCCCCACGUGUCUGAUAUGCAAGCAGAGCAUGUCGGUGUCCAAGGAGUACAACCUGCGGCGCCACUACCAGACCAACCAUAGCAAGCACUACGACCGCUACACGGAGCAGACGCGGGACGCCAAGCUGGAGGAGCUGAAGAGCGGGCUCCACAGGUAUCUCCUGGGCCCCUCAGACAUGGUAUGCACCGAGCCCAGACUCCCCAGUGUGAGUCUGCCAGAGAACAUUGAGGUGCAGCCUGUGGAAGACGUGGCUGGGAACCCAUGGGAGAAGCUCCGCGAGAAAAUCAAGUUGUUUGUGGCCUACUCAAUUGCCAUUGAUGAGAUCACAGACAUCAACAACACCACACAGCUGGCCAUCUUCAUCCGGGGCGUUGACGAGAACUUCGAUGCGUCUGAAGAGCUCCUGGACACGGUGCCCAUGACAGGCACCAAGUCUGCCAAUGAGAUCUUUGCGCGUGUGGAGAAGAGUCUCAAGAAGUUCAACAUCGACUGGUCCAAGCUGGUGAGCGUGGCAUCCACUGGCACCCCAGCCAUGGUUGAUGCCAAUAAUGGGCUGGUCACGAAGCUCAAGUCCAAGGUGGCAACGUGUUGCAAGGGCUCCGACCUGAAGUCCGUGUGCUGCAUCAUCCACCCCGAGUCCCUGUGCGCGCAGAGGUUGCAGAUGGACCACGUCAUGGACGUGGUGGUGAGCUCUGUGAACUGGAUCUGCUCGCGGGGCCUGAACCACAGCGAGUUCACGACACUGCUCUACGAGCUCGACAGCCAGUACGGCAGCCUGCUGUACCACACCGGGAUCAAGUGGCUGAGCCGAGGGCUGGUGCUGAAGAGGUUCUUCGAAUCCCUGGAAGAGAUCGACAACUUCCUGUCCUCCCGGGGGAAGCCCGUGCCUCAGCUGAGUUCUGGGGACUGGAUCAGGGACUUGGCCUUCCUGGUGGACAUGACCACGCAUCUCAACACCCUGAACGUCUCCCUGCAGGGGCACUCCCAGAUUGUGACACAGAUGUACGACCUGAUUCGGGCAUUCGUGGCCAAGCUGUGCCUCUGGGAGACGCACCUGGCCAGGAACAACCUGGCCCACUUUCCCACUCUGAAAUCAGUCUCCCAGAACGAAAGCGAUGGGCUGAACUACAUCCCCCGGAUCGAGGAGCUCAAGAGCGAGUUCCAGAGGCGGCUGUCUGACUUCAAGCUCUACGAGGGCGAGCUCACCCUGUUCAGCUCGCCGUUUGCCACCAAGAUUGACAGUGUGCGAGAGGAGCUGCAGAUGGAGGUGAUUGACCUGCAGUGCAACACGGUGCUGAGGGCCAAGUACGACAAGGUGGGUGUCCCUGAGUUCUACAAGUACCUCUGGAGCAGCUACCCCAGAUACCGGCGACACUGCGCCAAGAUCCUGUCCAUGUUCGGCAGCACCUACAUCUGCGAGCAGCUCUUCUCCAUCAUGAAACUGAGCAAGACCAAGGCCAGCUCGCAGCUGCAGGCCCCACAGUGGGACUCCAUGCUGCACAUGGCCACGUAGGAGGAGGAGGAUGGAUUAUACAGACAUUGGGGUUCCCCCUUCCCCACUUCGAGUCAAAAGUAGAGUUUGCAGUAUCGCACUGUUCCUAUGAUAUUCUGUGCUUCACUGUGGUUCAGUAAAACCCAAGAAAGCUGCAUAGCA